GGGCUGGAGCUGGAGCGCGAUGCGGCUGUCCUGUGUGCUGCUGGUAGCCUGCUCGUGCCUGGCCGUGGCAGCCGGCUUCCCCUUCGAGAACCACAGGCUGUUCAUCCAGCAGGCAGUGGAGUCCCCCCGUGAGGCCUUCGACUUCUGGGUGCAGACCUUGAAGCGAGCCUACGCCAGCGCAGAGGAGUAUGAGCGUCGCUUCGAUGUCUGGCUGGACAACCUGCGCUUCGUGCACGAGUACAACGCCGGGCACACGUCCCACUGGCUGUCCAUGGGCGUUUAUGCAGACCUGAGCCAGGAUGAGUAUCGCUCCAAGGCGUUGGGCUACAAUGCCGACCUGCACGAGGAACGGCCUUUGCGCGCUGCGCCCUUCCUGUACGAGGGCACCGUGCCACCCAAGGAGGUCGACUGGGUGGCCAAGGGGGCUGUCACACCGGUGAAGAACCAGCUGCUGUGCGGCUCAUGCUGGGCCUUCAGCACCACGGGCGCGGUUGAGGGCGCCAGCGCCAUUGCCACCGGCAAGCUGGCCUCGCUUAGCGAGCAGAUGCUGGUGGACUGCGACCGUGAACGCGACAACGGCUGUCACGGCGGCCUCAUGGACUUUGCCUUCGAGUUCAUCAUGAAGAAUGGCGGCAUCGACACCGAGGACGACUACCCCUACACGGCCGAGGAGGGCAUGUGCCAGGACAACAAGAUGAGGCGCCACGUGGUGACCAUCGACGACUACCAGGAUGUGCCGCCCAACGACGAGCACGCGCUGAUGAAGGCGGUGGCUAACCAGCCCGUCAGUGUGGCCAUCGAGGCAGACCAGCGCGCCUUCCAGCUGUAUGGCGGCGGCGUGUUUGAUGCCGAGUGCGGCACUGCGCUGGACCAUGGCGUGCUGGUGGUGGGCUACGGCACCGCCUCCAACGGCACCCACCACCUGCCCUACUGGCUGGUCAAGAAUUCGUGGGGUGCAGAGUGGGGCGACAAGGGCUACAUCCGCCUGCUGCGCAACCUGGGCGAGGAGGGCCAGUGCGGCGUGGCUAUGCAGGCCUCCUUCCCUAUCAAGAAGGGUGCCAACCCGCCCGAGCCGCCUCCCACGCCGCCCGGCCCCGGCCCCGAGCCCCCCGAGCCGCAGCCGGUUUCUUGCGACGACACCACGCAGUGCCCGCCCGACAACACCUGCUGCUGCAUGCGCGAGUUCUUCGGCUUCUGCUUCACCUGGGCCUGCUGCCCGCUGCCCAAGGCCACCUGCUGCGACGACCAGCAGCACUGCUGCCCUGAGGACCUGCCUGUUUGCGACACGGUGGCCGGACGCUGCCUUGCCAAGGCAGGCGAAGGGUUUGAGCACUCUUCCCCCAUGGUGGAGAAACAGCCCGCAACCAGCAAGCCGCGCAGCUGGUUUGGCCCCUUCCGCCCCCGCCGCGUGGUGAACUAGGCACGCUGUCAGGUGGAGGGCGUGCUGCCCAUCUCCUGCAGCCGAGUGCCGCCCUUGCCACCCAUCCUGUCGUUGUGCGCAAUGUACAGGGUGCACAACUGUAUCUCCUCCUGCCCUUAACAAUUCCUUCAUUGACGCCCGUUCUACACCCUGGUGUCCUCUCCUGUACCCUACUGCAUCCACCCUUGUUUGCUCCGCGCGGUGCUCUCAUGCGUACUCGCUUUGCCCUGCUCUUUUAUGGGCCAUGCACACAAUCUGUUUGUGCCCCUUUGUGCCAGCUCUGCUUGCCAAAAGUGCCCUGGUACGGUUUUCGGCUGUAUUGCCUUCCCACGUGUGUUAAACAAGAAAAAACG